ACUAAUUUUGUAUUAUGUUUUGUGUUUUGUCGUUUUGUCAUUUAAACUGUUUAAAAAUUUAAAAUGUCAAUAUACUUUAGUGGAACAUUUAAAAGAUCAGCAGGGGUAAUAAGUGCAAUCACCAAACAAUUAAAGUUAAUUAAUUUAAAACCAGUAAGAAGAAUUCAAGUACAAUUUGAUCCGUUUCAUCCAAAUGCUAUAACAGCGAGGGACUUCCUCUUUCAUAUAUCUUCGCCCAAAGUUGUUGAAACAAACUUAAAUUGUGUAAUUAAAACCAAUGUUGUCUGUGACCGAAGUGAACCUCAAAUCAACAUAGAUUUACAGGAUUCAGGGAGUAUAAAGUUUUUAGCAAACAAUUUGACUGUUUUAGAAAUUUUACAACAAAUAAAUAAACACAUAAGUUCCAAAGUUGUACAAGAGCCCGUUGUUCAGGAGUUUACUACAAAAUUAUUAGGGAAAAAACAAAAGAAACGCUAGUAUGGUAAAGAAAGAAAA